AUCUACAGAACUUCCAUUAGAGAAAAUUACCCCAACAGCAAUAAAUUUACUUUUGUAAUUUUGUUACCCUAUGAGAUGAAUUGAAAGAGAAUGUAAUUCCUCCUUAACCUGACCCCCAGUCAAGAAUUGCAUUAUACUGGUUGUGUAGGGAGAACUCGGUUUACUUUGUUUAUUCCAGGCAAGUAAUUAUUAAGUUGUUAUUACUGUUGUCAUUUUUUUAAUGCAGUGAAAACGGUUUUAAAAAAAACAUUGGGUGAACAAAAAAAGAGAAGUUUUUGCACAAUCUUCCCUCUGAUCUGUCCACUGUGGCAGGUUGUUCCAGUGGAUUUUUUUGAAAAUCGGGUAAAGACAAAGGCACACCACACUUUUAAGAUUUUAUUUGUCAAAAAAUCUAGAAUGUUCUAUGCAUAUGCAUAACUUUCCUUCCAUUUCACAAUUAUACACUCCUUGGGGUUGGUCUACCAUAGAAACCCCCCCAAUAAAAUACAUUGAGAUGUGAUUCCAACCUGACAAGACAGGAAUAAGGUUGAAGGGACUGAACAAGGGAUAUUUUCGGAAGCACAUGGAGAAUAAUUUCCCUCAGAGAACAUCGGGUUCUGGUUGGUGGACUCAGGAAUUUUACAGCGGCGGUUGUGUGCUGGGCAGAAGGCGGAAAAAGGGAGGGAAAAAGAAAACAAGAAACGAGAAGCGAGUAGCGGAGAGGAGCCGGGCCCCGUCGGUGUUGUUAAAAUCUCCUCCUUCACGGCCAUGUUGUGGGGAAUGCGCGACCCUGAGGCCACGAACGUUGUGCAAAGACGUGAUCUUGCAAGUUCAAACCCAGCUGCCUCCCCUCGACCCAUAACACCCACCCACCCCACAGAUACUGACGCACACACACAUACUGCAGCGCGAAAGCUUCCUUCCUGUUGCUGGUUUAGCCCAGUUUAGAAGCGUGAUAAGAGCGGAAGAAUUAAGAUAUGUAAAACAGAGAGACUUGAGCUCAGAUACCGAUGUUGUCGUCUUUUUCCACUCGAGGCAAAGUAUGCUAUUUUUUAUAUCUAAGACUUGGAUCAAAAUUUGAGAAUAUCUUGAAGAAAUUAGGUUUGAUCCCUCGGCGGCUUUCUGCAGGUGUAGCUGUGCCUCUAACGGCUCCCCUCACUCACAUUUUGUUCCCUGGUGCCUCUCUGUUGUUCUUCGGCAGGUUCAGUCAGACCACAGGACAGUUCACCGCCCCCCGCCCACCACCCCUCCACUUCCUCAUCAAGAAUCGAAGCAGAGCAACAUGAGUUUCCUGUGACGCCGCUUUGUCUCUGGUCAAUUAGUGUAGCCGUUCGCAUCACUCCUCCACAAGACGGGCUCCCGAGCGCAUCUGCAGCUCAGCGAAGAGUUUCUCCGCAGGAAAGAUUCAACACCACCUUUCUGCUGGUUCGGAUCCUCCCCGCCGGAGGGGCCUGUGAUGUUGUUUUCAUGACGUUGGAGUUGCUUCGGGACACGCAGCCAUGCUUCAGCAGCCGGAGCUCAUCUUUGACUUUGCCAGCGACCACUUCAGCUCAUCACAGAUGGGGAUGUUUUCAGAGUACCCUGCAGUGGUGGUGGAGGAGGUCCCCCAUCAACACCUGCUGACAUACACAGGUCUGAUGAGUGAACACUCACAGACAGAGGAUCACCAUGAGCUGCUUAAAGUGGAGCCAUGUGAGAGCGGCGAGGAGGAGACCAUGGAGACGCUUGUUGCUGCUGACUCGCUCCUUGACAUGGACUGCGUUGACACACUCUCGCUGGAACAGCACUACUCCCAGGCUUUCCUCCCGUCACUGAGCGAUGUCAUCACCGCUCCCGUUACCCAGGUAACCGUGUCCGCCGAGGGCGUUGUGGGAGCCGUUGACCAGUCGCAGUGGCACUCGUUGCACAAAGAGAGGCCUGCGGCGCAGCUGCAGUCUAGAAAGAGGAGUAAGAAACCUCGACAUCGGAGGGCAGAGUCUCCUACACCGGAUAUCAAAGUAAAGAAGGACAAAUAUAACAAAGGAGGGAACACCCUCUACCUGUGGCAGUUUCUGAUGGAGCUGCUGCAGGACAGACAAGUCUGUCCUCGCUACAUCAAAUGGACCGAUCCGCAGGCGGGCAUCUUCAAGCUGGUCAACUCCAAAGCCGUGGCCAGGCUGUGGGGCAAACACAAGAACAAACCAGACAUGAACUAUGAGACCAUGGGAAGAGCACUCAGGUACUACUACCAGCGGGGCAUCCUGAACAAGGUGGAGGGCCAGCGCCUCGUUUACCAGUUCACCUCUCUUCCCGUGAACAUGGUGUACAUCACGGAUGGAGAUUGCGGCAAAGAGGAAGAGGACGACGACCACGACAAAAGUGGAAACGACGAGGGGCUGAGCGACGGUACCAUCUCCAGCGACCAGUCUGCGGAGGACGAAGAAGUGGACGAGGCGGAGGAAGAAGAGGACGAGGAGGACUUUCAGCCGCCGCAGAAAAAAACCUCGUUGGUCUCCCCGCGAGCCGCGGCAGGUCAGCGGCCCAGACCGACCGCCAAGCAGCCGGCUCAGCGCGACACCGUCCUGCGGCCCGCUGGCGCCAGCCUGAUCCAGGAGCAGCACCUGCCCAUCGUGUCCGCCGAGAUGCUGAGGACGCUGCAGAACCUGCAGAAGGUCCGAUCGCUGCAGCCGGCCGGGCAAGCGUCCGUCUUCAAGACGGCUCAGCUGCUCGGGAGCCUGUGCGAGAGGCAGGCUGCGUCCGAGACGGCAACGGACGCCGGAAAAGGGGCGCCGCAGAAGUCGCACGCAGAACGCCGGAACGCCCCGUAUUUGGUGCCUCCCACGACCUCCAACCAAUAAACACAUCCAGCCUCCGCUUCAUACCAAACACGUUCACUCCGCUGACUCAGGAACUCUUCCACAGCUGUACUUUGCUGCAUCGACGUCUGAACGCCAGGUAAAGCCGUCGAUCAUUUAAGUGAGGCACCAAUUAGACGUUUCUCGGCGUCUUUGUUCGGACGACAAUUACGGCAAACCAAAACCAACUCAAUCGUCCCUUAGAAGACGUUACACCCUGUUGUAUUUUCUACCAACAAGCUACUCAAGAAACCAAAGACAGACAUGCACUGGAACCCACCGCCUCUCUGCACCUUCUGCAGAUCCUUUUUGCUUGCACUUCCACUUCAGGCUUUCCUGGAGUCAUUUAUCAUGCCAUCACUUCUUUGUCAACUUUUUUAUUUUUAAUUUAAUGUACAAUCACAAGCUGAAUCAUUCCUUUGCCUUCAAAGCGUCUUGUUUGCACUAUGAUCUUCACUCUGCUGUACUUUUCUUCUCCAAGUGCCUAAAGGUCUCGAUCCUGGCCCUGCUUUCUCUCUGUCGUUUGCUGAUAAUCAUGAGAAUUGUGAGGGAAAAACAUUCCAUUUUAUUAUUAUUAUUAUUAUUAUUAUUAUUAUUAUUAAGAGUACUGUUGUUUGUUUUUGGAUAUGUUUGUAUUGUGAUAUGUUAAAACAAGGGAUGGCUUUUUGCUGCUGUUAAAUGUUUGGCCUUUCUUUUCUUGACAAUCACAAGUGAAGUGCUUCUUAUAAAUUUCCAUUGUGACUGUAAUGUCUUUCUGUUUGGACACUGUGCAUAUAUAAGCCUCGGAUGUUAUAUACUGUAAGUUUGAAUGUGCUCCUGCUCUGUUGCCAUAUCCCUCCCCCUGUACCUCCAAUCCCCCCUCAGGUUCAUUUAUUUUUCUACUCUACAGAGACCGUGUACUCCAUGUAAGGAGCGUAAUGGCCGACUGUUAAUAAUGAAGUAAUUAGUCAAGCGUUUCCUCCUGCCCUGGCCUUAAUGGAGCCUCGCAACGUUCACCUCGCUCCUGAGGAGUGAGGUUGCCAUUUUGUCUGGCUAAACUUAGUUAGGAGAUGCUUACGCAGUGACUGUGCCUUUGCCUGUAGGGAGCCGCUAUGCAAAACUGCUUCUCACUUUAUUAAGCCAUUUGUCUCAGAUUCCCCCUCAGCUGCCCGGGUGUCUCCUGACGCUGUUUAUUCAGCGUAGGGCGAGCUUUGGCCGGAUGAGGGAGGAUUUCUGUUGCCUUAUUUCUUUUACGCGCUUUCCUUUUUGUCCAGAGAUGGUAAAUGGAAUAAAGGAAUAUAUGUGUGAAAUUUG